AUGGAGAACCAAGAUGGGUCUCAGUCUCUUCGGGCUCCAAAAUGUUCACGUUGUCGGAAUCAUGGCUUUGUGGUACCGGUCAAGGGUCAUGCUGGUCACUGCAGGUGGAAGCAGUGCCCAUGUGAGAAAUGUUCUCUCAUCACUGAACGCCAGAAGAUCAUGGCUGCGCAGAAGGCCUUAAAAAGACAAGGACCAGACUCACCACCUAGAGAGACCUUGCCUUCCACUCAGGGUAGGCCGAAUGAAGAAGGGGCAGCCAUUGCUAGCAGUAAGAAGGGCCUAAAAAUGAAUUCCUCAGAGCCUUCCACUCAUGGGUCAGUUGUGCAUGAAGGAAUUAAAGUGACUUCAGCAGUUAGCUCCAGUACCAGAACAACAAAUAAUCCAACGCCACCUAAACCAAGCUCUCCAACCUUCAUAGAUUUAGACCAUCCCAAUUUGCCUCAAGAAUGUAUUGCUGUAUGUCCAGAAUUUGGGGAGAGGGACCCUCCCAAAAUGUAUCCUGGUUACUCUGGGAUGUAUCCUUAUCCAUUUUCAAUGGGAUUCACUAUUAAUCAACCAGCUUACAGAAGUCCAUCUCCUGCACCUGUUUUGCCUCUGCAAACAAGUUUCAGACACUUUUCCAGCAAUCACGGACCAGGUAGUGUUCCUGCUUCUAUACCACUACAGGAUACAGGUGGGGAUUUCCGGCCAGGAUACUAUACUCCACUCUCACCCUUCAUACCCCGAGGCUUUCUGCCAGGGAUUCACUACCUUCCACCACCUCUCCAGCUCAACCUUGUGACUGAAGCUACAAAGGAAACAUCUGUUUCCACUGAAGACAGCCAGGAUUCUGCAGUUAUAUGUAAGCUCAGCCAAACAUCUCAAGAAGAUGCCUCUGAAGAUUGUUCCUCAUACAAUGAGCAGUAAAUCUUCAUCAUCUAAGCUGAAAUAUUAUCUUCAAGUGCUGCCUUGCUAUAAAUUUUAUUUUGUAUUAUUUUAAACUAUAUUCCUGCUGAUCCUAAUUUAUCGGUCAGAUAAAGUUAGAAUACAGCAUUUAUACAGUUCUAUUUGCAUUAGUGGUGUUUCAUGUUCACCUAAUAUGUCCCACUAGAAUUGGUUUGUUUUGAUGCCAAGUUGCAAGUUUAGAAAGAUAUGCCUGUAUUGAAAAUCAUCACUGCAGUCCUCUAAUUGCAUGUCAGAUAGUGAAUGCAGGCAGAACUCAGAACUUAUGUAUAUUUUGAGAAGCCAGAUGUGCUCAAUAAAUAUUUAUGAUUACCAUAAAAUCUGAGCACAAUUUAACAUAUUGCCCAGCCUUAGCUUUGGAAGGAAACAUACUGGUUAGCUUUAAGAUCUUCAGCUUUUAUUAGUUGAUGUCAGCCUAUAGUGUUAGUUGUUGUUUGCUCUAGCAGUCUUUUUCAACCUAGUACUAUCGAUAUAUAUAGAAAUUGGAAUUAGGGAAACAUGAUACAACUGAAGGAAUCAAGUAAGAAAACACAUGAAAAGAUUAAACUACCAAUUCCUCCAUGCUAAGCUCUGCUAAAUUACAAGAACAAAUAGUUCAUUUUCAGAUGCCGUGUUUCAAGUUGAAAAAUGACACUAAGAAAACCUGUUUUUAGCUAAUAAUUUGUGUUAAUUGUAUUUCUAGUUUAGUUCCAUUACCUGUUGUAAAAGUACUUAUAUUAGCCUAACUUUGUAUAUGUUACAA